CAACUUCUGGAAAAGUCCACAGGGCGUUCUUGUCCAGUGAAUCACCAAUCAACAUCACCGCGCGGCUCGGUAUAAAUACAUGGCGGUGGACAACAGUCCCUGCUGCACUUCAUCAACUGGGAAGGCUUCAAGGCUUUAUCUGAGGUUUUUGCUGGUUUUUACAAAAUGAGGGUCUUCAGCUCUGUGGCGGUUCUUGCUCUUCUAUGUGUCCUAUCAGAAAGCAUUUUGCCUCCUUCCAAAGAAGACCUCGGUCAGAUCUCGCUCCAGGGAGAGAAGUAUCUGGACAAGCAGAUUGAGAAUGCCAUCACAGGGGUGAAGGAGAUGAAGUCGGUGAUGGAAAAAUCAGGAGAGGACCACAAGAAGUUCCUGUCGGCCCUGGAGAAAACCAAACAGGAGAAGGAGGAGGCUCUGAAGAGCGCUCAAGAAAUGGAGACGAAGCUGGAAGAGGAGCAGGAGGUGUGCAAUGAGACCAUCAAGGCCCUGUGGGAGGAGUGCAAGCCCUGUCUGAAGAACACCUGUGUCAAGUUCUACUCACGCACCUGCUCCAGUGGCUCUGGCCUGGUAGGCCGACAGUUGGAGGAGGUUCUGAACAGGACGUCUCCAUUCUCCAUCUGGAUCAACGGCGAGAACAUCGACACACUGGCCCGGGAGGACCAACAGCAGAGCCGCGAGUUCCAGAACCUGGAGAAGCACUAUUCAGAGGUGUCCGAGGGUGUGGAUAGCAUCUUCCACGACAGCAUGCAGGUGUUCGACCGCAUGCGCUCCUUCCACCACCCGAUCUUCAACAGCCCCUUCGGCCGUCAGCGUGUCUACCGGUCCCCUCUGUCGGACCCGCACUUCCACGGAUUCCAGAGCAUGUUCCAGCCAAUGAUGGAUAUGGCUCGGAACAUGUUUCAGUCUAUGGGGUCACACAUGGGCAGUGAUGGGGACUUUGGGUUCAACCCAUCUGGAGGUAACGAAAGCACGAACGAGGAUGUUGUCAUCACUAAACCCUUCGGGAACGACCGCAUGACCUGCAGGGAGAUUCGGAGGAACUCGGCUGGCUGCAUCAAGCUCAAGGAGGAGUGUGAGAAAUGCAAAGCUAUCCAGCACAUCGGUAAGAGCCACUGAAGGGAGAGAGUGUU